AGCUGUCUGUAUGCAGCCCUAUCCCGCUCUCUUUCGGCUUCAGAUAAAAAUCGCAAAAAUUAUCACUUUUGUUUGUUUACUUGAUAAAUUAUUAAAAUAAAAGUGAAUCAAGUUAAUAAUGAGCUCCACUCCAUCCAAGUUGAGUGCGCAGUUGGCUAAUAAUAAAGGCGGCGACUACAAGACACCAAAGAAGCAGAAAACCUCGUCUCGCACGUCCAACAAUUUAAAGUCCAUUGAAAAUUUAACCAAUUCAGAGGAAUCAAGUGCUGCUGAUUUGGACACUGCCGUUAUAUGCGACUCAGAUGAUUCGCUGGAGCAUCCGCAGGCCCAGCCUGAGCCGGUAAAGCGUCGAUCUACACGUAUUCCAAGUCCAACAAAGAAAUAUCAAGCCUACAAGGAGGUGAGACAUACCAGGAGGUCAGAGCCACAACAGGAGCACAUUGUGGUCAACUACAGAGAGUGCACGGAUGAGGAAGAGGAGAAGGGGGACGACGAUCAUGGCGGAGGUGGCAAACCAAACUCUCGCGACUUGCAGCUCAUCCAGGCCGACUACGAUGUGGCUGGCACCAGCAUGUUUGGUUUUAAUACACCAAAGAAGCGAGAUGCCAUGGCCCUGGCUGCCUUAAAUGCCACUCCACGUACCCCGAAAACCCCAAAGACUCCACGUUUGGGUGUUAAGACACCAGAUCCCAAGCGUAAUAGGUCAGCGGAUCAACCAAAGACGCCUUCACAUGUCCGUUCGCGAGUCAAGAACCAAAUAGCCAAAAUUGUAGAUGACUCUGACAACUCGGACUUCUCCGGCGAUGAAAGUGAUUUUCGUCCUAGCGGUGAUGAUUCCUCCAGCAGUAAUAGCAGCACUGACAAUGACUCUGAUGAUGCUGCCGAUGAUGAUGAGCCCAAAACGCCAUGCAAAACCCGUCGUCCGAUUAUUGUGCCUGUGCUUCCCAAGACCCCGUCAGCAGCUCGUUUGCGUCAGUCGUCCAGGGUGAAAAAAUCAAAUGAAUAUGUGCCAGAAAGUGAUGGAUACUUUCAUUCACAUGCCAGCACCAAGAUAAUAACCUCAGAUCACACAUUGGAUCGCCUAAAGAAUCCUCGACUGGCCGCCGAUCGUUUGUUCAGUCUUCUGUCCGAAAUGCGAGUCUCCCACGAGCACGAGUCGGCCAUCAAUGCCAUGAUGGAGGAGUAUCGCUCAUACUUUCCCAAAUGGAUGUGCAUACUAAAUGAGGGUUUCAAUAUACUAGUAUAUGGUUUGGGCUCAAAGAGGCAGCUCCUACAAUCCUUUCACCGCGAAGUGUUGGCCAAUCAAACGGUCUUGGUUAUCAACGGUUUCUUUCCCAGUCUCACGUUGAAGGAUAUUUUGGAUAGCAUCACAAGUGAAAUACUAGAUGCCGGAUCAAGUCCGGCCAAUCCCCAUGAGGCUGUGGAUAUGAUUGAAGAGGAAUUGGCAUUGAUACCAGAGACACAUUUGCAUUUAAUUGUCCACAAUUUGGAUGGAGCCAUGCUAAGGAAUGCCAAAGCUCAGGCAAUUAUGGCCCGAUUGGCACGCAUUAACAAUAUACAUCUUUUGGCCUCCAUUGAUCACAUUAAUACACCAUUGCUCUGGGAUCAGAACAAGCUGAGUAGCUUCAACUUCUCGUGGUGGGAUUGCUCAACCAUGCUACCCUAUACGGAUGAAACGGCCUUCGAGAACUCCUUGCUGGUCCAGAACUCUGGCGAAUUGGCCCUAUCCUCUAUGCGCAGUGUCUUCUCCUCACUGACAACAAACUCACGCGGCAUUUACAUGCUAAUUGUGAAAUUCCAAUUGAAAAACAAGAGUCAAGCCAACUAUCAGGGCAUGCCCUUCAAGGAGCUAUACUCCAGUUGUCGUGAGGCAUUCCUGGUCAGUUCGGAUUUGGCUUUGCGUGCCCAACUUACAGAGUUUCUCGAUCACAAGCUGGUCAAGUCGAAACGUAGUGUCGAUGGCUCGGAACAAUUAACCAUUCCCAUUGAUGGUGGCCUCCUGCAACAGUUUCUCGAUGAACAGGAUAAGAAAUAACUAAAACAGGAUAAUAAUUGCUUUCGAUUUUGCUGUGGCAUUGUGUUUUUCUUAUUGUUUUGUUUUGGUUUUUUUUUUUUUUUAGAACAUAUUAAUUUAUUAUCUCUAUAUAUAUAUUGUUAAAUACAAUUACAAUCAACAUUUCUUUUCGCUUUUCUUUGGAAAAAAUGUUCUCGCAUUUGCCCAUAAAA